GUGGCGAAAAGUCCACUCAUUUAGUCCUAUUUCCUAGAAUUGAUACUGUAUAGAGCCAGUAUGUCAGCUGAAAAUCGCUAUCUGAAGUCCUCCUUAUAAAUGUUUUUUUUAAAGAAAACAAAUAUUUAUUUUCAAGCGUGUUCUAUUAUCUAGUCUAGUUCUACUUUUCUAAAACUAUCAUAAUGCUGAAAGAAGAUUAUGGAUUUGGAAAGUGCAAAAAAUAUCCUGACCAUGGAGACUAUUUUCAAGUCACGAAAUUUAAAAUCACAGAUCUUCCUCCACCAUUUAGAAAUCAAGCAACUUAUGACUUAACUAUGGGACUGGCAUCAUUGACAGUGAAGAUAUUUAUCAAGCAAUUAAAAACAACUGUAGUAGGAAGUGGAUUUAUUAAGUUUGUAGAUAUCCACCCUGUUCUGAAAACAUGCCCUUGCCAGAUUUGCAAAGAUUCUUUAACGCCUGUGAAAGUGUAUUGGAAAGUUAUCAUCAGCACAGCAGAUCAUUUGUUUAGUGAUGAAAAGCACAUCAAGAUGACACAGGCUGUUGUAAAUUAUGAUGAUAUAUUUUUAAAAGAUAAUGUUUAUCAUUUACACGGACUUAGUGUCAGGGAUCGAUGGCCUGAGAGAGAUGCAUGUUUAUUAGAGUUUUGUUCCCAUGAUGAAGACCUUGUUAAACAUUUUGAGAAUGCUAUUUCAAAUCUUCAAACAUUACAAGAAAAAUUAACUGAACAAUAUAAUGAAAUUAAAAAUAAAGAAGAUUUAGUAAUUAUUGUUUCUCACCCUCAUGGGGGACCGAAACAAAUCAGUUUAGGAUCAAGAGUAUCAUCAAAGCAAUUAGAGAGUCAACAAUGGUUGAAACAUACAAAUGUUGAGAAAGAGUCUCAGCUAAUCAAUGUUGAGGUGGAAGUGCAGUAUCCUGAUGGAGAAAUCUCUAAAAAAUUUAUCUGGCAAUUGGAUGAUGUUGUAAAAGAGACUAAAGCAUGGCUACUUCACGAAGGAGGCUUUCAUGAAGGUGUUAAGAAUUGGCAACUGUAUCUAAAGUACGGUGCUGGACAAUUAAAAAUGAUGGAGGAUAAUGUGGUGAUUCGACAUUAUCUGUCAGACCUUAUCCAGUGUGAUUACAUCAUUAUUAAAUAAUUGAAAUUAGAUUACUUUUAUUAUCUAAUUAAAACCCAUAAGAAAUACUUUGAUAUAGCAUUUUGUCUUCCUACUUUUAAACCAUGUACAUUGACAAUCACACUUAUUUCUCCUACAUUACUAAAAAAAAAAGUAUAAAUUUUGCAUCUUUAGGAAGGUGACUGGGCUAUAGGGGAAAGGUAAUGUUGCUCUUUACUUUUGUAUUGUACAUGAGGCUAAAAGAUACAUAAAUGUAAGUUAAUUAUGUGCCAAACAGAAUCAUAUAUAAAGUAUAUAAUGACUUUAAUCUUGAUACAACAAGUAAUAAUAUGUCAAAUAGAUCUUUGUUUACAUUACUCCAUUUCUAAAAUCCUCUCUCUCAUUCUUUCAACAAGCAUUCGCACCAUAGUGUGAAUGUGGAAUGGUACGAAUGCGUGUUGAAAGAAUGAGAGAGAGGAUUUUAGAAAUGGAGUAAUGUAAACAAAGAUCUAUUUGACAUAUUAUUACUUGUUGUAUCAAGAUUAAAGUCCUCAUUAUAUACUUUAUAUACGAGUCUGUUUGAAAUUCAAAAUUCCAAUUUUCACAGAAAUUUGAGCCUGAGACUCCCCCCAGUUUGGAAGCUAAGUAUGCCACCAAUGCCCUCAAACCCAUGUAGUAAAAUAAUAAAUAUGGUCUGAAUACUUUUAAAUUUUGCUGUUUUUUUUUUUAAUUGAAUGUAAUAGUGUGUAUUGUAUUUAAUGUUUCUUUUCCCAAUGUAAGUUUUCUAUUUCAAAGCUGUGAUACUGUAUGCAUUUAUCAUUGAAACAGUUUGCAGAUAAAUAAAUGUUAAACCAACUAACUUAACCAUUAUUAGGUAACUUGAAAUAACAUUAUGAUAACUGGUCUUGUUUAAAUAUUUUAUGAGUCUAUGGUUUCUUUUUGUUGCAAAGUGACUACAGAUCAUCUAAUAGAAUGAAAGCCUAGGUAUUAGCUAUGGUUGGAACACUUUUGACCUCACAGCAAUUACAGUUUGGGAUCUGCAGCAUUGCAGGCUCUCCCUGGGUGUGUGCUGCAAGCUGCUUAAGGGUCACCAGCUCCUGAAUUUUCCUCAGGGGUUGACUUCUGAAGCCUUUUCCAUCUUUGGGUAUAGCCAGAGGUUUGGAUUCAGAGUUUCUCUUCUCCUAGAUGGGUGUCAAGGCCAACUAGCUCCUCCUGCCUGAAAAUUAGAUUACAUCAUCUGUAACUAAUAUAUUGGAAUAGUACGAAUUUAGCUCUCUACUACCUUUAACAUGUUCCCAAAGGUAUAACAUCUUGAGUCAUUCAGUUCAAUCCUGGCUCAAGCACUCAGUGACAAGAAAAGGUGUAAAGGAAAGUAACUGGUUCAUAAACUUAGGAAAUGCUUUGAAAGUCAACCCUGAGGAUAGAUCAGGAGCUGGUGACCAUAAGACAGCUUGCAGCACAAAGUUCUACGUGCUAAUAAUUAUGUUUAAAUCAACUAUUAUUAUUAUUGUUAUUAUAAAUUAUUAUUCAUGAUGUGUUCUUACGCUUUGAUUUAAGGAAAUGUUAACUUCUGAUGGUUAAUAUUUUUGUAUGGUAUUAAAAAAUAUAUCUUAGAAAAAAACGGAAAAAUGAAUAAAAGUAUUCUGAAUAUAA